AUGCAGUCAUCAGGCCGCAGCAUCGGCAACAUCUUGCCCUGUGAGGUUUCUACGGCCAGCUCUCGCUCCUCGCGGAAUCAAAAGGAGCAGGAGAAGCUAGAGAUGGCGCAGGAGAUGGCGAAGAGGCGGAUCAUGUUGGGCGUCAGCAAGACGAACGCAUCGGUGACAGUGAGGAACUCAGGGGUCAAAUUCGAACGUCCAGUCAAACGCGCGGGAACUCGGGGAUACCGAGCGCCCGAAGUGCUCAUGGGCAUGCAGUGCCAGACCACAGCAGUGGACGUGUGGGCUGCUGGGGUAGUACUGCUUACCCUGCUGUGCCGCACGACACAGUUCCAAUGGUUCCAGUAUAACGACAUAGUCACGGCAACGAUGGAGAUCUACGGCUUGCGCAUGUACAUCAAGAGCAUGGAUGCUGUGUGGAAGCUCCUCGACGUUAAGAUUCCACCAUUGGAACUGCAUCUCAGCUAUGCCCGCGGUUUCAAGCAAACAUGGCGGACCUUGUCAAGCUCCCUGGGCGCGCAUGCGGGAUGCAAGGACUGGCUGGAGGUGGAUGAGAAACAUGCGAUCUGGGACUUCCUCAACUGCUGCCUCAACAUCGAUCCCCGCACGAGGAUUACAGCACUGGAGGCUCUGAAGCAUCCCUUCCUCAUUAGUGCUGUCAAGUAA